GAGUCAUGCUGCACAGCCUCACUCACUGCAAGGAAGCAGAUGCAUCAGUUUCAUUUAUGAGGCACAAAUUCUUUUCUCAUCAGACUUCUGAAGAAACCACGCCUCCUUUAACCUUUAACCAGUGCUGAAGGACAAAUGCUCUCACUCACUGCAAGGAAGCAGAUGCAUCAGUUUCAUUUAUGAGAACAAAAUGAGCCUAAAAAGCUGGUUUGGUUUCCUGGUCAGCCCAGAGAAUUUGACUCCUACUCCGGUGCUUAUCUGCAUCUGUAUUAUUGUUGUCUCGGUGCCCAUUCUUCUUGUUGUCAUUGUCACAUACAAGUGUAAACAAAAGAAAAACAGAGGGAGCAAACAUGAAAAUAAGACUUUGAGCUCAGGAGAAACAGAAAAUUACAACAAGCAUUCCAAAGUCAGAAAAGCUCAGAGUCAGAAGGAUGAAGGACACGAGAAGCAGGAAGUUGAGAAGAAGGUGAAGGCAGAGACUCUGAAGGCAAAUGAGAUCGAGGGGAAUGAGUCUGAGACUCAGAGUCAAGAUGUAAAAGCUGAAGUCCGGAUGGUCGAGGAUCAGAAUGAAGGGAAUGAAAACCUGCAGACACCAAACAAAGAUCUGAAGACCAACAAUGCUGAGCUGCAGCUGUCAAAGUCAGAUGAUUUAAAGAAGACCAAACCUGAACCAGAGAAGCAGAGUGUGGAGAUCAGUACACCAAAGGAGGAGGUGU